AUGUCACUAUUAGUGCGUCUGCUUGCGAUCACUUGUGCCUUCCUGGCUGUGUUUGCGAAGCCCCACAUCACCGAGGCCGAGAAGAAUGCCUUCGUCAGCCACGUCAAAACCAACACGUCCGGUCUGUACUUUGUCGACCUGAAAACGGAUGCUAGCGAUGAAGCCGAGGACCAAGACACGAAGGCCAAGCGGGCCGUUGCUGACCCAGCACUGCUGCUCCUACCACUUUUCUGCUACGCCAUUUAUGCUGCAGAUGAAGAGACGACUGUGAAAUGCGUUGUUGGCCGCGAACCGGGGCGCCCAUGUGACGAGCCUGGCGCGCAAAAAUUUUUCUUCGACGUGAAGCGCGGCAUUUGUCAACCAUUUUACUACAAGGGUUGCGGCGGAAACGAGAAUCGCCACGAUUCAAGGGCCGAAUGCGAGAAGACGUGCAAGGGGUCCAAGCUGGCACCGGCGGCUCCUGUUGAGUGG